CUGGGCCGUAGUGUGUUGGCCCUGGCCUUGGCCUGUAGCGCCUUGUAUUCGAUUGUAUGCAGCCACAAGUAAAAGCAUAAAAAACUGGGAACAAAACAUUCUGGACAAAGCGACGGAUCUAGGCUAGGGUGUUUCUACAAAGAGAGCGAUUGAAAUAUUUAUAUUAAGCAGUUGAGUUCUCACACCGAGUAACUGAUCGCCCUGGCCCACAAGCUGUAGUGAUUUGUCGGGCUAGGGGUUGCCACUUAUUCAGUGCCCCAUUAGUCCCUCUCAAACAAGAUUCUCCUAUCCAUCCGAGGUUUCAUUCAAUGGCGGAGAGAAAUGCAAAAGAAAUCAGCCCGGCGGUCGCCAGCCAUGGAGAGAGUACAUGUAACACCGAUGCAUCGCCAGGGCUUUCUCACGUUCAACAAGCCAACAGCAGGCAUUGCCAAGCACCGCUACCAGGAAGACGUGGCCACACAUCGACUUCCUCUGGAGAGUGCGGACGUUCGCUGCCCGAUGCUGUGAAUCAGUUUGCGGAUAUGCUGAGAAGGCAGUACACAAGUGCAAAGGUACAGCUGGGGAGGGGUAUGUCUGCUAAACCUAACAAACAUUCUCUAGAUAAGAUCUAUGUGAAUCUUGUUGUCGUUCCUCGCGAAGAGCUCUCGUCGUUGAAUGAGCAAACGUUCUUUGGUUCGCAAAGCGACAUGCAGAAGUAAGUUAGUUGAGCCAUGUCUUCUCACGCAUAGCCGACAGGGUGACACACGUUGAACUCGCUAGUAUGUUUGAUUUUGACGAGAGCGAAAUGGCAGAAGACGAGUCAGUCCGUGUAUUGGCUGUUGCGUGUGCGGGCGCAGGCAAAACCACUGUUUUCUUGUUGAAAGGUCCACUGGACUGGGCACGAGGUGUAAUCUGGCAUGAGUUUGAUGUUGUGAGUGCAUUGGCAUUGCGUGACAGGAGUGUUCGACACGCCAGCAAUAUCAUUGACCUCUUGAGACUAGAGGAACAUGGCAUUGUUGAUAAACAGGAACAAAAGGAAGUAGCUGCGUUCAUCCAUGCUAAUCCAUAUCGUCUUUUGAUCCUGUUCGAUGGACUCGAUGAAACUGUACUCGACGACUGUAGUGAUUUUGUUCGUGGCAUUAUCUGCGGUGAAAAGCUGAAAGGCGUUCGCGUUCUUCUCACAUCUCGCCAUUCAGCGGAGGUGAUGAAACUGUCGACAUCGUGUCCGUUUGACCGGCGCGUGGAAGUACUCGGAUUCACCAAGGGGAAUGUGCGCGAGUACGUGAACAAUGUCCUUCCGUGCGAGCAGGCCGAGCGUCUGCUAGAGCAGGUCGAUGGCGAUCCGAGUUUGUUAGCUUUGAUGCAGACACCGUUUUUCACGCAGUCGACGUGUGACGUGUAUCGUAGUUGUGGCUCGGUUCCAUCGUCGCUGUUCGGUAUCUUUACCGCAUUGAUCUUGAGUGUGAUUAGACAAAACACGGGUAGUGUCCACAAGGACUGGUCAUCCGUUGGACGUGUUCUGAGAGAGCAGAUUCUUGAGUUAAGCCAUUUUGCAUUUUUGAUGUUAGUUGAGAAGAAGAUCUUGUUCACUGAUGCUGAUCUUGAAGGACAGCAGCUGUCAGGGGAGGCACGUUCACUGGGUCUUCUGGUGGCAUGUGAGCCACUGUCUUAUCCUAGCGUAAACCAAUGGCAGUUCAGCCAUCUUUCCAUUCAGGAAUGUCUUGCUUCUCAUUACAUUGCAUGUAGCAGUCCCAAUGCUGGUGACAUUGAGUUCCUGGUCAGGCAGGUGGGAGCACUGACUGGACACUUGAGCACGUUUUGGUGCUUGCUGGCUUCACAACUGGCACCUGACGUCAAAGAAGCCUUGAUUGCUGCUAUCCUCACGCAGCCCGUACCCAUGGAGGAGGACAUAGAGAAACUGUCGGCUGGUGGCGACGUGAUUCACUUCCUUUGCUCGUCUGAGGAUGAACUUGUGGAUGUAGCCGAGGUGUUGUGCGAUCAUCUUGACCAAGGUUCAGUUGAUACACUGGCCAGGUGUCUCCUCACUGAUCUACUGCCCACCAGUGAGACUGUCACUCAGGCCAUGGACCAGGUUCUUCCCAACGCCUUUAGCACGUGUCUUCUAGACUAUGUGCGAGCACUGUUGCAGCUUUGGCGGCGCAAGGUUCCACGUGCCAGCGUAAAGAUGCUCGCUGGCGCCUUGAACAAGUUUCAUCCGCCGGCAUCGCGAGCUGUUCUUGAGUACGUCCAGUCAAAUUGUUCAGAGCCUUUGGCUUCUCCCGUUUACUGUUCUACAAAUACAUCGAAUUCACCUCCCUCCACAGCCAGCAACACUUCUUCUUACACUGACUCUAGUGGUGAUCGAUCAGUACUGCAGACUCAGGGUAAGGAUGGCUCGGCCUCCAGAGAUGGUACCAGGGAACAUUUAACGCUAGUUCACCGUCGGUUGUUGCUGCUUGCUUGCCGCGUCUAUGCCCAGCCCAGUGCACCCAGCACCGACACAGAAACAGUAGAGGGAGUAUGUAUCUUCUCGCCAUCCCCCAGUCUGGGAGAAGCGCUGGAACAUUUCGGCUUCGAUUUCCACAAUAUUAUUCUUACUGUAACAGAUUGUCACCUCCUCUCAUCUGUUUUGGAGCAUCAUAACAAACACAUUGAUUAUAUCGCUGUGCAGAAUUGCCAGAUCAAUGAUGAGAACUAUGAGCAGCUAUUACCUGGUCUUCGCCAUUGUCAACGAUUGCGUGUGGUUGAUAUAUCUUAUAAUCCCAUUACUGAUCAUCAAACCACCCUUCUAAUCAACACAAUCAGAGCAAACAAUGCCAGUUUGGGGCAAUUCCUUGCAGUUGACCUUGACCUAUCUUCGCCAGGGUAUGCACGGUUAGUUCCAUCCCUAGCUCAGUGUUCUGCUCUGACUGUUAUCCGCAUUGGUGGUUCAAAGUGUCAGGUGGUCAAAACCAAUGUUCUCAUUGCUCUGGUUCUGUUAGCAUACUGCAGAGCACUACAUAGUCCCAUGUUCCACUUCUACAUUGGUGAUCAGGGACUAGUGUGGCUCUUUCCACUGUUGAUCCGCAGACCCAUCGGUGGCUUUGGAUUGUCGCUGGCUGGAUUGACAGUCUCAAGUGCUCCGUUAGUCAGGGAUGUUCUGAGUGUACAUAGUGACUAUCUGCAAGCGCUUGAGUUGGGCGGAAAUUCUCUGUCCGACAUGUUCCUGUCCAUCAUUGCCCCAGGCCUCGAGAAGAGUAGGAGUCUGAGUGUGUUGAGCCUUCCGUUCACAGGCCUUACGUCUCAGUCUCUUGCCAUACUUGCAGAGAUUCUUGCUUCAUGCCCUGUCUUAGAUGCCCUUCGUAUUCAAGGCAACGACUUCAGAUUGUCAGCGAACGAGAUGUCUGCACAGUUUGUCAUUGCUGUCCAGGAAUGCAGAGAGCUACACAUUCUUGACAUGCCUGAUCGAGAUCUGGUCAAUGAUCGCCUAGUAUGGUUACUUGACAGUGUAGCAGCGACCACAUCAUUGUACAUUAGGUACGUAUGACCAAGCGGCACCUGUGCGUGUGUGUGUGUGUGUGUGUGUGUGUGUGUUUGCGCACGCAUGCGCGAAACAACAGUCUAACUUUUGCCUUGUGCGCCUUGAGAGCGGUGGCCUCUGGCUUCCGUUGCUACCAAGGCUAUGAAAUCUGUAAACGUUCCUCGAAACACACUUAACUUAAUCAACUCUUAUGUCGUGUUUGAUCGCUUUCCCUUUCACGCGGCUUUCAUAGCGUACCAGCCUGGGGCAGGCUUGGGCAGUGUGUGCGUGAGUAUGAAUGUGUGUACGAGGACAGCUGUGAACAUUUUAGCAGCUGAUUUUAUUGCCGCCAUUUUCCGCAGCUUGAGUGCCUCCGCUGAGCAGCUUGAGAGAACACUCGUCAUGCUCUAUCGUUAUAAUUUCUCCAGGCACACAUGACAUGGUAUUUAGCUAGUGGUGAAUGCAUGCCAUUAUCCGCGCUGUUGAAUUCUGCCUUUUGCAGCUUGUUUUCCUGGGAUUUAAAUUUGUUUCAUUGCUAUUUGCUAUGCGGGGUCUGUAUUCGGCAUCUUGUUUUCUGUUCACACUACUUCUCUCAAUUGUAUCAGCAAGUUGGCUAUAAUUUCAUCUUGAUGAAUGAA